CGUAGCACCGCCGUUCCUUAGGCAAAGUGAAAUAAAUUCGCCGCACCGACACAAAAACUAGUCCGCUUUCCGAACACAUUUCCCCGCCGCGUCGCUUCGUCCAUCGGGUCCAUCGGAGCAGCUUCCACGGACCUGGCCGCGCACGUCGGCCGCUCGGUGCCGGAGAACCGAGCCGGGUUCGGUCGGUGGACGAGUUUUUGUCCCCCUUCCUCCAGCGCCGCGGCGCAGGGAUCUGCGCGGUGCUGCGGCCGGGCUGAAUGAGAUUGAAGAAGAGUUCUUCUUGUUUUCUAGAUUCAGUUUCUCUCUUUUUACUCUUUUUCUCUAAAAGUCGUUUUGUCUCCGGAGCAGCGGCGCGUGCGAGCGGAGCAGCGGCCGAGCAGCGGGGCCGGAGCUCACCGACGAUCGGCUGCGGACACGCAGAUCUGUUCAUUAAUCUGGAGGAGGACUGCUGCUGAGGCAGCACAGAAGGGUGGAGUCCAGUCCCACAGCCAGGUGCGGCACUUUAAUGCUUCAGUUGGAUGGUUUUCCUACUGGACACGGUGUUAAGGCUGAUCGAUCGGCUGGCAGACUGACUGGAUCCAUGAUGGAAUUACAGACAUUACAGGAGGCUCUGAAGGUGGAGAUCCAGAUCCAUCAGAAACUCGUUGCCCAGAUGAAGCAGGACCCUCAGAACGCUGAUCUGAAGAAGCAGCUGCACGAACUCCAAGCAAAGAUCACAGCCCUGAGUGAGAAGCAGAAAAAGGUGGUGGAGCAGCUGAGGAAGGAGCUGCUGGUGAAACAGGAACCUGAGGCCAAGAUACAGCUGCAGAUCCAAACUCCUCCAGGAGGUGGCGACAUCAAGCCAAUCAACCUGCUGCAGAGCCAGCAGAUACCUGGAGGACUGCAGCAGGCGCUGACAGUGACGCCGGUCCUCACCGCGAAGACGCUACCUCUGGUGCUGAAAGCUGCCACCACGGCCGCCCUGCCCGGCAGCGUCCUCCCACAGCGCCCCCCCACUCUCGCUAUGGUAACCACAGCUAUCUGCAAACCUGACUCGCAGAACAGCCCCAUCAACCUGCAGGUGGCCAGCAAGCUGACCAAUCAGUGCUCAGAGCCUGUGCGACUGGUGUCCAAGAACGCCAUUGUGGUGCAGGCCACCACCAACACCACUGCCCAGCCAAUCAAAGUUCCUCAGUUUGUCCCUCCUCCUAGACUGACGCCUCGACCCACCUUUCAGCCACAGGUCAGGCCCAAACCGGCCACACCCACCAACAUCCCCAUUGCCCCUGCCCCUCCCCCGCCCAUGAUGGCGGCCCCCCAGCUGCUCCAGCGGCCCGUCAUGUUGGCCACCAAGCUGUCCUCGCUGUCCUCGGCGGCUCCCAUCCACCAGGUCCGCAUCGUGAACGGGCAGCCCUGCAGUAAGACCGGCUCCACGCCGCUGACGGGCAUCAUCAUCACCACGCCCGUCUCCGCCACACCCACCCGCCUCACCAGCCCCGCCCACACACCCAGCCCCGCCCUGACUCCUGCCAAGCCGAUCCAGAUCAGCAGCCUGACCAGCGAGUCCAUGCAGACCGUUAAAUCCGGAGGUGGAGCAGAGAGGAGGGUCGUCAGCCUCCCCUCCUCUUCCUCCACUCCGCCGUCGUCUCCAGCUCCCAGACCCAAGAGAGAGGAGAACCCAGAGAAACUGGCCUUCAUGGUGUCACUGGGGCUCGUAACACACGACCACCUGGAAGAAAUUCAGAGCAAAAGACAGGAGCGAAAGAGAAGAACGACGGCCAACCCAGUGUACAGCGGAGCCGUGUUCGAACCUGAGAGGAAGAAGAGUGCAGUGAGCUACCUGAACAGUCCUCUGCACCAGGGGACCAGAAAGAGAGGUCGCCCACCCAAAUACAGCAGCGUCCCGGAGCUGGGCAGCCUCACUCCGACCUCCCCCUCCAGCCCCGUCCAUCCCCUCCCCCUGCCCAGCCCCAGCUCUGGGGAUGGAGACAUCCAUGAGGAUUUCUGCACUGUGUGCAGACGCAGUGGCCAGUUGCUCAUGUGCGACACGUGUUCUCGUGUUUAUCACCUGGACUGCCUGGAUCCACCCCUGAAAACCAUUCCUAAAGGCAUGUGGAUCUGUCCAAAAUGCCAAGAUCAGAUCCUGAAAAAAGAAGACGCCAUUCCCUGGCCUGGAACUCUGGCCAUCGUUCAUUCCUACAUCGCUUACAAAGAAGCUAAAGAAGAGGAGAAACUCAAACUGAUGAAGUGGAGUUCUGAACUGAAGGUGGAGCGGGAGCAGCUGGAGCAGAGAGUCAAGCAGCUCAGCAACUCCAUCACGAAAUGCAUGGAGACCAAAAACGGCAUCCUGUCUCGUCAGAAGGAGAUGCAGCUUUCCCUGGACAAAGUCAAACACCUCAUUCUUCUCAUCCAAGCAUUCAACUUCAACAAAGCUUUGGCAGAGACGGAGGGUAAAGCCACCGCUGCCGUAGUCCAGGACAGUUCUGAAGCUGCUCCAGAAGCCACCUGUGUGGAGAAGGUUACGGCUGUGAGCUCCUCCUCCAACACCAACACCAACGGAAGUGACCAACAGGACCAGAACGGAGCCGCCGGCAGCAACCAGACAGCAGCAGUGGGAGGAGGCCCCGACCUCCAGCCCAGCCCGGAAGACACCACGGCCCCAGAACCAGACACCAGCCUCGGGGUAGGGCCUGGUGGAGGACCAGGGGGUAAGAUGGGGCCUGGUGGAGGACCAGGGGGAGAAGGAGGAGGUAACACAGGGACGGGUCCACAUUCGGUGGUGAAGUCUGACACGGCUCCGGUGGUUGACCAUCCCGUCACCUCGACGGUUUCAGCGGUCGCCACCACCAACGGUACAGCGGAGUCGGCCUGCCCGGACCACAACCCUGCAGGAGACUGCACCCCCCCUGCAGGAGACUGCACCCCCCCCGCCAGCUCUGAGAACAAGAUGUCUGCCGUGAACCCUCCAGAAACAGCAGUGGAGGAGAAGCAGGAGGAGAUCGCUGACAGUGACGGCAGCAACACCAACAACAGCAAAACCUCAGAACCCUCCCAGCAUUCGUUGCCAGCUCUCGUCAGCAGUUUGGACAAAAUAAAGUAAUUCUAUGUCUCUUGAGUUGCGGGAAUUCAAACAUAUAUAUAAAAAAAAAAGACUUUUGCUUGCACCCUAUGGUGCCCUGAAGUUGCCAAUCUGUAUAAAUGUUGUUUGUUUGCAUUGUAUUGUCAGACUGUGUCUAUGGUAGAUUAACAGGCCCAGUCACAUGGCUCUGGGGGGGGGGGGGGGGGGGGGCGUCACAUAACGAUCUACGUGCUCGAGUCAUCAUGCCAAUUAGUGAUGGAGGCAAGUGGUGGCAAUGCUCAGAGCAGAUUUAAUCCAUGGCCCCGGUGCCUGUGAGAGUGGCCCCUGAGCUGUCCUGUGCGGGGGGGAGAUGA